AGCCGGUGUUUACGGAAAAAUGGCGUCUUCCACAGUCCGUCUGACAGCACGCUGGCGAACUGCUGUAGUUUUUACUGGAUGUAGACGCCAGUUUUCAUCAUUUUUCUUCGUCAGACAUGGAGAGGUUCUUACAGGGAGGACAGUGGACAUGGUUCGGGUCGGGUCAGUCGGUGCUGCGAGCUUUUGGAGGACUGAAAAAGCGGUGACAUUGAGCAAACUGAUCGCUUUUAGAAGUCAGCCUUUCCACACGAGCAGCGCGGUGACAAACAAGGAUUACUACGAACUCUUAGGCGUCCCUCGUACUGCCUCACAGAAGGACAUCAAGAAGGCCUACUAUCAGAUGGCAAAGAAGUGGCACCCGGACACAAACCCAGAUGACCCAGACGCCAAGGAAAAGUUUGCAAAGUUGGCUGAAGCCUAUGAGGUGCUGAGUGAUGAAGUGAAAAGGAAACAGUAUGAUACUUAUGGAGCAGCGGGCUUUGACCCAAACCAUGCUGAAGCUGGCCAGCAGCAGUACUACAGGGCGAGUAGCACAACGAUGGACCCAGAGGAACUCUACAGGAAAAUAUUUGGAGAGUUUGCUGGAGGCAUGGGCUUUGGAGACAUCAACAGCAUGUUUGACCACAGACCUGAGUUUGUGAUGGAGCUGACAUUCAUGGAGGCGGCGAAGGGUGCCAAAAAGGAGAUCAGAGUUAACUUUGAAGAUGACUGUCCAAGGUGUGGGGGCACUGGCGGUGAGCCGGGCACCAAAGUGUCCAAAUGCCACUACUGCAACGGCACUGGAAUGGAGUCGAGCACCACGGGACCAUUUACGAUGCGCCUCACAUGUCGGCGCUGCGGUGGGAAAGGCUUCUUCAUUAUCACACCCUGCGGUCUGUGUCAAGGAGCAUGUCAGCUCAUGCAGAGGCGGACGGUCACCGUGCCCGUACCAUCCGGAGUAGAAGAUGGUCAGACGGUGGCUGUGACGGUCGAGAGUAAACAAAUCCUUGUUACAUUCAGAGUGCAGCAGAGUCCAUUGUUCAGGCAGUUUGGAGCAGAUAUCCACUCCGAUGUUUUUAUCUCUGUGGCUCAGGCCAUCCUGGGUGGCACAGUCACUGCACAGGGGCUCCACAGCACCAUCAGCUUAGCGAUUCCUCCUGGUUGCCAGGGUGACCAGGUGAUCCGGCUGCAGGGAAAGGGCAUUUUUAAGCAGUUAAACAACUACAGGAGCGCUUACGGGGAUCACUACGCCCACAUCAAAGUCAAGGUGCCCAAGAAGUUGACGCGUCGGCAGCGCUCUCUGAUGUUGAGUUUUGCUGAGGAGGACACGGACGUCCAGGGGACGGUCACAGGCGUCAGCGCUUCUCAAGGGGGCAGCAGCACAUCAGGAUCGAAGGUGGAGAAGCAGCAGGAGGAGGAGGCAGCAGCAGGAGGAGGAGGAGGAGGUUUCUUCUCUAAAGUGAAGAGACUGCUGUUUGGUUGACAUUCAGGCUGAAAAUCGCAACAA